AUGACCCACUCCAAUCUUACAAACGGUGUUCACCUCGUUGGUAGUAUACCUCUAUCAACCAACGAGGAAGUUUAUUACGAUAAGGUUGCAAAGGAGUCGUAUCAGCGCUUUCUUCAACUUCGCGCUAAGGGUGUUAUUUCGCCUAAGGUGCGCUUCCAAGUGUCUAUUCCGACACCUUACGAGUGUGUUCAGGGUCAUGUACGGUCGGAAUUUCAGGCCCAACUGGAGCCUUUCUAUGAGAGGAGAAUUUCGGAUGUUGUGGAAUCAAUCUUGAGCGCCAUUCCGGCAGAGUAUCUAGCAAUCCAAUCUGAUUCAUGCUUCAUGAUCACUGCUCUAGAGUACGAGCGUGGCCGCUUACCCGGUGACUUUUUCAAGCCACAUUUCUUCCCUAUUCAUGAAGGCAUACUCGAGCGUGCUCGGAGAUCAUGCGCUCUUGUGCCAAGCAAUGUUCCUCUUGGAUGGCACCUAUGCUACGGUGAUCUCGGUCAUAAGCAUUUUAUUGAGCCGGAGGACCUAAGCCUGUUGGUGGAUGUCGCUAACGAUUUGGUCCGAUGCAUUCCUGGAGAUACAGACUUGAGUUGGCUUCAUAUGCCUGUCCCCAAAAACCGUGAUGACACAACGUACUUUGAGCCUUUGAAGCGCCUCAAGGCCGGUGACAAAACAAAGCUGUACCGUGGACUUGUGCAUCCAAACGACGAGGAGGGUACGUUCCGAAGGCUUCAAGCAGCUCGGAAUGUCAUCCCUGGGAGGGACUUUGGCGUUUCGACCGAGUGCGGUAUGGGUCGGACACCUAAGGAAGAGCUCGCGAGUAUCUUACAGAUCUCUAAAAAUGUGACCAAAGCAGAAACUGCAUGA